CACAGCCGACAUCGCUGCGUUUUCCAGGACUACUCCAAGUGCAAGGAAAUCAUGAUCGAGCGCGGGGAGAUCUUCCUGAGGAAAGUCUCUCUCUCGAGGAACAAAAUCGCCAAGUUGUGUCAUCCUUUCAUCAGAGAUGGUGCUCGAAUAUUGACACAUGCCUACUCAAGAGUGGUCCUCAGAGUGUUAGAAGCAGCUGUUGAGUCAAAGAAGCGAUUCAGUGUUUACGUUACUGAAUCACAGCCAGAUCAAGCAGGGCAAAAAAUGGCAAAAGCCUUGAGGAAGCUGAACAUUCCUGUGACUGUGAUUCUGGAUGCUGCAGUUGGCUACAUUAUGGAGAAAGUGGACCUGGUGUUAGUUGGUGCUGAAGGUGUAGUUGAAAGCGGAGGCAUUAUUAACAAGAUUGGCACUAAUCAAAUUGCUGUGUGUGCCAAAGCUCAGAAUAAGCCAUUUUAUGUGGUAGCAGAAAGUUUCAAGUUUGUAAGACUUUUCCCUCUAAAUCAGCAGGACGUCCCAGAUAAGUUUAAGUACAAAGCAGACACUCUGAAAACAAGUCAGAAUCUAACAGAGGAGCAUCCCUGGAUUGACUACACAUCACCAUCACUAAUUACGUUACUGUUUACAGACCUCGGUGUGUUGACUCCAUCAGCUGUCAGUGAUGAACUUAUUAAACUCUAUCUGUAACAGAGGACUCGGUGUACAGGAUGUAUCAUCUUCUUCCAUGACUAUGACAGUUGUAAGAACUUGGAAGAUGAUACAAGCUAUAUGGACGUGGUAAGGAGACGACGUUAUAAGGAUUAAUGUAAUUAU